GGGGGGGGGGGGGGGGUGUUGGGGGGGGAGGACCGGGAACUCGUAAACACACUCGGCGUUGCGUGAUUUUUGUCGUGUUGUCCCGUCAUGCAGGUCGGACACGACGCGGCGAGGAGACACGUUAACAAACAUUGAGUCGGUGUGUCGCACUGUGGACUGCCACUUUCAACCAAAACAAUGUUGACAAGCGACCUGCGGACACACGUCAACAACCAGCCAUUCCGAGGAUGGACAAAUGUGGCGUGAAGAAGAUCAAGUAUGGAAGAGAUGACCAUCUAAGCAAACUAGUCUACACUGAAAGCCCUGAGGAGGGAGGUCUGUUGAAAGUGGCUUCUCACAGCCCCUUGAUGCAGCCUGGACAGGUACCUAACGGCCUCAGCAACAGCCCCCUUCCAGAGGAGCUCACCCCCGUCUCUGUCACCUCCACCCUAGGCCGCUUGUUGGAAGACCCACAGCCCAGGGGCCUGAGCAAAGACCAGAGGCCCCAGCAGCAACAGUUCCUCCAGACGUCCACUACGUUUGGGCGUCAAACCUUGGGGGAAAACUUGCCCCAAUUGGAGGCCAGUUUAGCUGCCAUUACCCAGUCCUCUAUGGAUUCACUUAUUGGGGGAUCAGAUCCCAAUUUCUUCCACAUGAAAACAGAGGAUUUCUCCAUGGAUAAAGGAGACCAGGAUCCCAUUGACUUCGAUCAUGCAUUUGAUCAUAUUGGGAAAGAUGUGGACGUGCACCAAAAGUUGUUCAGUGACAACACUCUGGACCUGCUCCAAGACUUUGAGCUCACUGGGUCCCCCUCAGAUUUUUAUGUAGGGGAUGAUGCUUUCCUGUCCACUCUAGCAGAAGAUUCAAUGCUUGGUGAUGUUGGCUCGGAGAGGGACACAAAGCCUGCCGGGGUUGAGAGCAGUAAUGGCAGUGGUGCCACCUCUGUCCCUCUCAAUGGCAGCAUUACGGCAAGUCCAGAUCAGUCCAGCUCUAGCAUAUCCACAGUUGCCCCCCAAACCUCUACUACCACUUUGUCUGCAUUGGUGAAGCAAGAAAAAGAUUCUGGCUUCAUUCAGCUCUGCACCCCAGGUGUGAUCAAACAGGAGAAGACGUCUGUCGGCCAGAGUUACUGCCAGAUGAGUGGCACGUCCUCCACAGGCAUGUCCAGCGCUACCCCUAUUUCCAUCUGUGGGGUCAGCACUUCAGGAGGACCGAGCUACCACUUUGGAGUCAACCUCAGCAGCGGUGAAGCUCAGCAGCAUAAGGAUCAGAAGCAAGUGUCCAAACUGUGUCUCCCAGUGACGACCAUCAGUGGAGCCUGGAACAGAGUCCAAGGUGUUGCGGACUCCUCGGUAAUGCAGAGGGCCAGUGAGUCUUUCUCAAGCGCUCCCUCCUACCCCACCAGCUUUGCAAGUUUGACCUCCAGACAGGAAGGGGGAAUCGCCACAUCCUCAGUGCAGGCAAAGAGCGGCACUCACAAAAUCUGCCUGGUGUGUUCGGACGAGGCUUCAGGCUGCCACUACGGCGUCCUCACCUGCGGCAGCUGCAAAGUCUUCUUCAAGAGAGCGGUGGAAGGCCAGCACAACUACCUGUGUGCUGGGAGGAAUGACUGCAUCAUUGACAAGAUCAGGAGGAAGAACUGCCCGGCCUGCCGCUUCCGCAAGUGUCUGAUGGCAGGCAUGAACUUGGAAGCACGCAAAACCAAGAAGUUGAACCGCUUAAAGGGCACCCAGCUGAGCAACCCACCCGGGGUGACAAUGACUCCACCAGUUGAAGCGUGCUCCCUGGUACCCAAGUGCAUGCCUCAACUCGUCCCCACGAUGCUGUCCCUGCUGAAGGCCAUCGAGCCCGACACCAUCUUCGCCGGCUACGACAGCACCCUGCCCGAUACCUCCACCCGCCUCAUGACCACCCUGAACAGGCUGGGCGGCCGACAGGUCAUCUCCGCUGUCAAGUGGGCCAAAGCUCUGCCAGGUUUCAGGAACCUGCACCUGGAUGACCAGAUGACGCUGCUGCAGUGCUCGUGGCUCUUCCUCAUGUCCUUCGGUCUGGGCUGGAGGUCUUACCAACAAUGCAACGGCAACAUGCUCUGCUUCGCACCGGACCUCGUCAUCAAUGAGGACCGGAUGAAGCUGCCCUACAUGGCCGACCAGUGUGAGAUGAUGCUGAAGAUUUCCAGCGAGUUUGUGCGGCUGCAGGUUUCCCACGACGAGUACUUGUGCAUGAAAGUCCUGCUGCUGCUCAGCACAGUGCCAAAAGACGGUCUGAAGAGCCAGGCGGUGUUUGAUGAGAUCCGGAUGGCCUACAUCAAGGAGCUGGGGAAAGCCAUUGUGAAGCGCGAGGAGAACUCCAGCCAGAACUGGCAGCGUUUCUAUCAGCUCACCAAGCUGCUGGACUCCAUGCACGAGAUGGUUGGAGGGCUGCUGAACUUCUGCUUCUACACCUUUGUGAAUAAAUCCCUGAGCGUGGAGUUCCCGGAAAUGCUGGCGGAGAUUAUCAGCAACCAGCUACCAAAAUUCAAGGCCGGGAGCGUCAAACCUCUGCUCUUCCACCAGAGAUGACUUUGCCCCGUAACAGACACAAUGCCUUAAAAAAAAUCCCACCUCACCACCUGUACCCCCCCUCCUCCCCACAUACACCCUGCCACCCCCCUCUCUGUGGAGGGACAAUGAAAGGACUGAGGAUCUGAGGCUUGGAGCGAAGGAUUUUAUGCAACUUUGUGCGGUGGCUCACGGCUCUGGAGGGGACGAGAGCACCAAGCGAGGCUGGGAAUGUUUGUGCAGAAUCCAGACUGUGAGCACAGAGGUUCUGUUUCGUCGAGCAGUCGAAGAUGUAGUGUAUAACAACAAGUAGGAAAUAUUUGUAAGAUAAUCACACAGAGAAAAAUAGGCUAACAUCCACGUUGUCUCAGGUUUCUACACCUUCAAACGCAGAACAACAUCUUAAAUAGAUGAAACAAAAUAUCUAUGUACAGGUUCUGAUAGUAUUUUCUACAUUUUCCAAGUGUAACAGUUUAUACAGUUUUCCAGGUCGUUGUUACCUGGGAAGGUAACAAAGCUUAAUCCAUAAUACGCUCUUGAGUAAGCUUCUAGACCGUAUGUUCCUGUUUUAGUUUUUCUAGGAGGUCGUAACAAAAUGUUUGUCCGUCGUAUGGGGAAAAUAGCUUUUUUUUUUCCCAAUCCAUUUAAAAAAGCAUAAUUCUGCUUUGCGAUUCUGUUGGACUGUUAACCGAAAAUUCAUAGGAUGAUCUCUCCCACGAACCAACCUCUUCCAGGUUUACACAGGUCUUUUACAAAAGGGAAAAAAGAAUAUGUGCCUUUUUUGCUUCGAAUAUCAUCUUUAGCCAUUUUUCUUCCUACUUGUCCAACGGGUGCUUCUCUCUCGCCCCAUCAUGGUCUUCCUUCAUCGUACGUCGAUUGUACCUUUUAAAGUUUUCCUCUUUUUUUUCUCCCUUCUUCUUCUUCUUCUUCUUCCUAUUCCAGUGAUUGUGUUUGAAUCUUUAGAAGUGGCAGCUGGGUCAGUCACCCGCGUGUCGAAAUGAUCCUUAUUCUUAAGAAAAAAUAAUCAAAACCUGCCUCCUUUGACGCAAGCGCCCACACAUUUAACUCCUCCACGUUUAAGUGCGAUUCCAGCACUUAGUUCCCUGCGAAAGGCUUUAAAAGACUGUGAAGAUAGGCGGUCUUUACUGAAUACAGAACAUUUUCUAAUAGGAGAUAGUCCACCAUGUUUAUUUUAGCGCCCCACUACUGUCCCCAAUACACCAAUAAUGGAAUGUGAGAUUUUCGCGUCUACCAAUCAUAAAUGUGAGGGCUUGUUAUGUCAUUUUUAAUUCAUCAGGAAAACUUUCAUUCUGCCCUGGUUCAGACUGGUUGUUCAAAAACCCGUCCUUCAUUUUUUUAAGUUGUUUUUACGACCUUGUUUUGUGGCAAAGAUGAUUCUUCUCUGACGGUUUGUCUACGCUCUUGUUAACCAUCUGCUUUUAAAGGGCCAGUAAGCCAUUUUAAUCCAUCGUCCGCUCGCUGUCAGUUCUGUGUGCGCGGUGGUGGAAAAAAAAUCCGUUUUUUUUUUGGCACUGUGCAGUUUGUAAACAUCUCUCCCCGACACCUUAAAGCUACAGUGUGUAAUAUUUAAAAGAAUCCAUAAUUU